GGGUUUCCGCUUCCGGGAAGGCGCCGGGCAAGAUGGCGGCGAUGGCGGGGGCGGCGGGGGCGGCGGGGCUGUUCCCGGGCGAGGGCUGGGAGGCGGCGCUGGGCCGGAUGCGGGAGCGGGCCUCUCCCCGGGGCCCCCCGGGCGCCUCCCCGGCCCUGCCCCGCGCCCUGCUCCUCGGCCUCGGCGCAGAGCUCCUCCUCUGGGACCCCGACGGCGCCGCCCUCUGCGUCCUCGCCCUCCGCGCCUCCGCCCAAGGCGAGCCCGGCACACAAGGCCGCGCCCAGGCCUUGCUGUGCCUCAACCCUCCUCUCUUCGAGGUGCACCAGAUGGCCCUGAGCCCCAGGCAGCAGCACGUGGCCCUCCUCGGCCCCAGAGGCGUGAUGGUGAUGGAGCUGCCCAAGCGCUGGGGGAAGAGCUCCGAGUUCGAGGGGGGGAAGCCCACCGUCAACUGCGGCACCACCCCCAUUGCCGAGCGGUCCUUCACCAGCGUGGCCUCUUUGACCCUCAAGCACGCGGCCUGGUACCCCAGUGAGACCCUGGAGCCCCACAUUGUGCUCCUCACUUCCGACAACACCAUUCGGAUUUACAGCCUGAGUUCCCCUCAAACUCCUGUGAAAGUCAUUGCUCUCUCGGAUGCCGACGAGGAGACCUUGAGGCUUAGUAAAGGGAGAGCGUAUACGGCGCUGAUGGGCGAGACGGCCGUGGCCAUGGACUUUGGCCCCUUGGCCGUGGUUCCCCGGGCCAUCGCGGGCCAGCGGGAGAAGGAGGAGGCCCUGGCCUACCCCUUGUACAUCUUGUACGAAAACGGGGAGACCUUCCUGACCUACGUCAAUCUUCUCCACAGUGCGGGGACGCUGGGCCGGCUGCUGGGCCCGCUGCCCAUGCACCCUGCGGCCGAGGACAACUACGGCUACGACGCGUGUGCCGUGCUGUGCCUCCCGUGCGCCCCCAACAUCCUGGUGAUUGCCACGGAGUCGGGCAUGCUGUACCACUGCGUGGUGCUGGAGGGAGAAGAGGACGACGAGCAGGCCUCGAUCAAAUCGUGGGACUCGCGUCCGGACCAGAUCCUCUCCCUGUAUGUGUUUGAAUGCGUGGAGCUGGAGCUGGCGCUGAGGCUGGCCUCGCGGGAGGGCGACCAGCCGCUGGAGUCGGACUUCUCUUGCCCCAUCAAGCUGCACCGAGACCCGAAGUGUCCCUCUCGGUAUCACUGCACGCACGACGCCGGGGUGCACAGCGUUGGCCUUCCCUGGAUCCACAAGCUGCACAAAUUCCUUGGCUCAGACGAGGAAGACAAAGAUAGUCUGCAGGAGCUCGGAGCGGAAGAGAAAUGCUUUGUGGAGCACAUCCUUUGCACCAAGCCUCUGCCGUGCAGAGAGCCCUCCUCCAUCCUGGGGUUUGCCAUCGUCUCCGACAUCCUGGGCCCCACCAUGGUCUGCAUCACAGAGACCUACGAAUGCAUCACCAAGCCUCUUCUCUCGACCGUCCACUCGCCGUGCCCUCCGCUCCUCUGCAGCAAGGACGACGCCCAGGCCGCGGCCUCCCCGCUCCGCAUCUUGUCCGAAUCCCAGGACUCCUUCGAGAGGCACGUCCAGAGCAUCCUGAGUCGCGGCUCCGCCAACCCGCUGCUGUUGAAAGCCGCGGAUAAGGAGUCCUCGCCUCCCCCCGAGGAGGGUCUCCAGCUCCUCAGCAGAGCCACCCAAGUCUUCCGGGAAGAAUACAUCCUCAAGCAGGACCUGGCCCGGGAGGAGAUCCAGCGCAGAGUGAAACUUCUCCGUGAACAGAAGAAGCAGCAGCUGGAAGACCUGGGCUACUGUCGAGAAGAAAGGAAGAGCCUUCGGGAGAUGGCGGAGCGGCUGGCGGACAAGUACGAGGAAGCCAAGGAGAAGCAGGAAGACAUUGUGAACAGGAUGAAGACGGUCCUGCGCGGGGUCCACUCUCAUCUCCCGGUGCUGUCGGACAGCGAGAAGGACAUGAAGAAGGAGCUGCAGGCGAUUCAGGAACAGCUGCGGCACUUGGGGAACGGCAUCAAACAGGUGAAAAUGAAGAAGGAUUACCAGGAGAGGAAGACGGAGAAGGGGAGCAGCCCCCGCCGGCCCAGCAUCUCCCUCAGCGCCGCCCAGAGGAAGUGCAUCCAGGCCGUCCUCAAGGAGGAGGGUGAACACAUCCAGGAGAUGGUGAAACAGAUCAACGACAUCCGAAAUCACGUCGCCUUUUAGUGAACAUUUUGCGGGAUGUGACUGAAACCGAGCUGCCUUUCUCCUAAUUUAUACCACAAUGAGUUGUCUAUAUUGUUUUUAGCGUCUGCAACGUUUAAUAAAAAGGCCUUUCGACUA